UAGAGCCAAAUGUGUUCAGAACUACAUUUAACCCCGAUACAGCUGAUUCAUCUGAUUCAAGAAAGACUGUGAAAAUCAUUGUCAGAGACUCACCACAACCUCCUAAACUUAAUCCCAGUGAGCUACCAUAUGUGAUGGAGGAAAGUACAGUGAAUCUGAGCUGCUCUGCAGAAGCCCCCUGCCCCACACAACGUCCUACAAUAUCAUGGUCUAACAUCUCUGAAUCUGCCUGCAUUACAACACAGUUACAGGAGAAACCUGAUAAAACCCAGUCAGUGUUUUCAUACAUGACCUUCAAAGCUUCAUACACUGAUCACAAAAAGAACAUCACCUGCACUGCUACAUAUCCAAGAAAUACACAUGAUACCUCUUCUGCUGAGACCACCGUGAUACUACGAGUCCUGUUUCCUCCAAAAGAAACUCACAUCAUCAUUACCCCAUCUGUUGGCACUAAUGUGACUUUGACCUGUAAAAGCAAAGGCAGUCCAUCAAAUAACCUGAGCUACACCUGGUACAAACGUGGGCAGGAGAUGCCUAUAGCUUGGGAAAAAAAGAUUAAUUUAAGUAUAACUCAUAGUCAAGCAUCAUACUUCUGCAUUGCACAAAAUAAACAUGGAAAACUGUCAUCAAAAGAUUUCCAACUCCAAGAUGAUAGACAGAGUGAAUUCUCUCAUGUGGUGAUAUAUGGCUGUACAGGAGGACUUUUGGCUUUUGUUCUGUUGUCUGCGGGGUUUUUUUACCGUAUGAGAACAAAAGCUUCAAGACAGGGCCAUGUCACAGGAAAAGAUCAGGCUGAAGAUAAAAACAGAGACAUGAGGGCUAUCUAUGUUAACAAUGAUAUUGUGAUCAGCAAGAAUGGUGAGAAGAAAGGAACUGAUGAUCUCCACUAUAGUGAGAUUGACUUCUCCAAACUCCAGACAGGCCACAAGACAAGGGAACACCCAAACAAUGGUCCAGUGACAGUGUAUGCUGUGGUUCAAAUGAUAGAGAGAAAGAGACAAAUCAACAGUGACCAGCAAAUGGACCAACUUUAUGCUGAGGUCCAGAAAAAGUGAUUUUUU